GAUGAUCUAUACCCUCUUGGCCUGAUCUUAGGUGACCAAAAUGAAAACCUCAAACCCCCACCACGUAUCCCUCUUACUUGUCACCAUAAUAGCACCUUCAACCCCCACACCUGUCCCAUUAUCCCACAUUCCCCAUUUUCUAACACUUCUCUAUUCUAUUCUGUUUUAUUCAAUCAAACCUCUUAAUCUCACUUUCACUCCCUCACUCACUCACUCACACUUCAUUUUCAUUUUCAAUCUUCUACCUACCCUACCACCAUGGCUGAUCUUGAUUUCAACCCAAGCUCAGCCUCACACCAACCCACCUCCGCCGCAUUCCUCCGAAGACUCCAACACCACGCUCCCAACUCAACCCAGCUCGCCGGCCUCCUCACCCUCAUGAUCACCGGCGCAAUCCUACUCCUCCUCACCGGCAUCACCUUCGCCGGAAGCGUCAUCGCCCUGAUCUUCUUCUCGCCGUUCAUCGUCGUUUCCAGCCCUAUUUGGGUCCCGGCUGCUACGUUCCUCUUCCUCCUCACCGCCGGGUUCUUGUCCAUGUGCGGUUUCGGUAUCCUCCUCGUGGCUUCGCUCUCGUGGAUGUACCGUUACUUCAGAGGGCUCCACCCGCCCGGGUCGGACCGGGUCGACUACGCUCGGAGCCGGAUUUACGACACGGCGUCUCAUGUGAAAGACUACGCUAGAGAAUACGGUGGGUAUUUGCAGAGUAAGGUGAAAGAUGCUGCACCCGGUGCUUGAUUUUUCUGGUCGAACCAACCGGUUCAGGUUGAGCCGGAUCUGAAUGUUAUGGCUGUGUAAUGUAGAAGCUUCCUUUAUUCUUUUGUUGCUUUUUUCUUUUCUUUCUGGUGUCUGUGACUGUGUGUGUCUGAAACUAUAGUGUUGGUUAAUUACUUUACUUGGUUCCUUCUUCUACCUGACACGUAGUGUUUUGUGUUUUCAUUUUGACUCAGAACCAAGAAUAUAUAUAUGUCCUUUGUUUUAAUCA